ACACAUCCAGCGAUGGGAGGCGCGGGCAGCGCGGCGCAGGGCCGGGGCCGGCAGCGCGGGGCCGGGCGGCAGCAGCCCGCGCCCUGAGGGCCGCUCGGCGCUCGGAGGCCGCUCCGCGGGGCCGGCCCUGGCCGCGGCCCCAUGGCCGAGGUGGGCGGCUUCCUGGGCGCGCUGGACCCCGACCUGCACGGCUUCCCCCCCGCGCUGGGCGGGCUGCCCCUCGCCGAUUCGCCCGGCUUCCUCAACGAGCGCCUGGGGCAGAUCGAGGGGCGGCUGCAGCGGGGCUCCCCCACCGACUUCGCGCACCUCAAGGGCAUCCUGCGGCGGCGGCAGCUCUACUGCCGCACCGGCUUCCACCUGGAGAUCUUCCCCAACGGCACGGUGCACGGCACCCGGCAGGACCACAGCCGCUUCGGGAUUUUGGAGUUCAUCAGCCUGGCAGUGGGGCUGGUUAGUAUCCGUGGGGUGGAUUCAGGACUCUACCUCGGCAUGAACGAGAGAGGCGAGCUGUAUGGGUCGAAGAAGCUCACAAGGGAAUGUGUUUUCCGAGAGCAGUUUGAAGAGAACUGGUACAACACGUACGCCUCAACGCUCUACAAGCAUCCGGACUCGGAGAGGCAUUACUACGUGGCUCUGAACAAGGACGGCUCCCCCCGCGAGGGGUACAGGACUAAGAGACAUCAGAAAUUCACUCACUUUUUACCGAGGCCCGUGGACCCUGCCAAAAUACCUGCAGUGUACAGAGACCUCUUCCACUACAGGCUUUGGAUGGUAAAGAUAAAUUUUAUAGACACGUACAAGGGCAACAUCAAAUGUACAGCUGGAAUGGACCUGGCAAGCGUGAGCCCACUGCCAUGAGCGGCUGCACAUCCAACACACUCCGCAACUGCAGAUCCAGUCCUCUCCUCUGUGGCAGCAGGGACAAAAGAGGUCCUCAGGCCAAGCACCAGCACAGCACAGCCCUGAAAGACCCAGAUGGGAUUGUCCAAGAGCACACAUCACUGCUGUGCUGAAAAGAACCUCGCUGGCACAGUCAGCGCCCUCACGUCCUUGCUGGCGUUGUCCUCACCACAACUUCAUUUCUCCCACUACAGUUUCUCAGCCUCCACUUCGCAAAGCCGCUUGGGUGAAAAUUCAGCCUCUUCAGCUUUACUCCCCGAAUUCCCAGAAGGAACAAUCCAGCUUCUUCAUGCUCCAUGUACUGCUAGCGAGGCGGCUGCUUUGGGGCCCGGUGCUCCCAGCCACUUUCUGUCCUCUCUGCCACCUCCUGGGUCCCCGCAGCAGCAUUUGCUACCCAACGUCACAGCCGGGGCCGCAGCUGUCACAGACAACAGUCUGCAGAUUGCAAUGAAAAGAUUAAAGGAGCUUUACCUUGAAUGAUCUAGACACGGAGGAAUUUAAUCCCGUGUUUGAAAUAAAAAAUGUUUAUUUACCUUUUUCCUCUGAGUCAUUGCUGAAACAUCUAAUCCUCAGCAGCCAUGUCAGGAGCACGAUCGUUCAUGAAAAGUGUCCUAAAAUGUACUUUUGACCUUAGCAAAGGGAAAACUCAGCUCUCCAGCUUCACUCUGCAGCCUUUCCGCCGCCACCCUGGCAGCACCGUCUGCAUCCCACUGGUGCUCACGGCUGCCUGGGGAGGCAAAUCCCAGAGAGGCCACCGCGGGAGGGGGCAGUGACCCUUCCUGCUGGCUGUCUGCAGCCAGUGCUUUCCUUUACACCUGAAGAUAAGGUUAACGCUGAAGAUGCUGUUUCUCAUCUUCACAAAUGAAGGUAAAACCUGACCUGAGCAAUGCCAAGUACGUGCUUUUUGCCAAGCUGAAAGAGAUCUGAUUUGGCCCCUGCCACUGAACUGGUCCUCCAACGUCAGGAUCCAGGAUCGGACUUGGAAGGAGGCUCCUGCUGCAGAGGGACACACGGCUGCAAGAGCGACAGCACAGAACUCCUUUUCAGGAUCUGGGUUCAAAAAAAUAGCAUUUGUAAACAGCAAAAUCUGCAAAGAAUUCACUGAAAACCACUUUGUAGCAGUCGGUACCAUUUCUCAUGUGGGACAUUCUUUAAAGGGGAAAUUCAGCAUUGUUUAAUCCCACUGUAAUGGUUACUUCCAGCAGGAAUUUACUGAGUUAGGUUCUGGUUCAGCAAAAUACUUAAACGUAUGAGUAAUGUGACUGAACUGGGACCUUAGCAGCAGCAGAAUCGAUGACCACAGACUUUGCCUGCGCUCUGAGUUGCAGUGGGUGCAGCCGGCAAUGCACAGUGUGUGCAGUACUUCUCUUUCCCUUUAUGCGUGCAUAUGAAGACACACUCACCCUUGCACGUUGAGGUGGAGCUGACCACCAUCUCCUUCAGCCAUCAUCCACAGCCGCUCGCCCUGCCAACACCCUGUUUGACACCAUGUUUGGGCAAACCUUAGAGAUGUUGUUCCUCUAGCAGCAGCCUUGUGCCUGUUUUGUUCCCACCUGCCCAGGGCUGUUUCACACACACAAAAAGCCCAAGAUCUGAAAACACAACUGUAAACAGAGCAAAGGACGUGGUUUUUAGCAGUUCUCCAAUUGGAAAAAGCUGGGCACGUAAUAAUUGAAACUUUAUCCUGGGAACAGCUGUGUAAAGCAGGAGGGAGGAGGUCAGCAGCAGAGUGGGAUGGUUUCCUGAGUCUCGCUACAGAGGGGUGCAGACAUGGAGGAAAACCCUCAGCACGAGGCCAGAGCGGCACUGAGCGCACCGCAGCACAAACCUGGCUAUGGGGUGAGCCAAGGUGUGCAGACAGCUGGGAGGAACAAAUGGUGACACACAGGUGGCCUCCCAGAGACCCCGAUGCCAGCAGCUUGAGGCCAUCCAGAGCCUCUGUAGGAGGAAAGUGGAGGGGAUUUGCUUCCCCUACAGAACACAAUGGAGAGCCCAAAGCUCCACAGCAAGUCAAGAAAAUCUGUGCUGAAAGGUGAGGAAGGUGCCCUACUGGCUGUGUGCUGCCUCACUGGGCAGAAAGAGAUGUGCUAUGGCUGCCAGCAGCGGACAAGGCAUUCCUGAAAGGACACUUAGCAACAGCACAUCCCCAAAGGAGAAGGGCCAGAGUUCUUGUUGGUAGCGAGGCACAGACACCCGCACCCCUCGGGCAGUGCUGGUGGGAGAAGAGAAGCCUGGGACCCGAUCUGAAGGGCGAUGUCCUCUCCCCUAUCCCAGCAGCUGGAGCUGACUCCCGGACUUGCGGGUUUGUUGAAAUACCGGCCAUCUCAAUGGCAGGAGCAGUCUGCAGGGCAGCGUCUGUCCGUCAGUCCAGAAAGCUUCACGUAGACAAAGGCACUGCAAGGAAAUAAAGUGAGGUUACUGAGUGUGGCUCCCCUCGAGCCACAGGACACAGAGCACACUAAGGGUACUAACUGCGUUACCUGGUGUCUCUGCGCCAUUUAUCAGCCUGCAGAUGUGGGUAAAUCACUUCUCCACACUCUGGUGAAGAGAACACUUGCCAAGACCUGGCUGGAAAAGCACCGGGUCAGAAGACACACAGUGGUGACGUGUGCUGAAAACAGUUCUCACUUUGGGGGCAAACAUACAGCGUAGGUGGAUGCACUUCUCCAAAUGCUGCCGGCACCGGGGGCAGCCAUCCCAGAGAGCCCUCCCAGGGGCAGGGCAGUGUGUGGGGAUUGAAGGCAGCAAAUCUCCCUGGGGGAAGCACUCCGUGGCCCAGGCUGUACAGACACAGACCCUGAUCCUGAUUUUAAGGUGAAGUCAAAAACAUCUGCAGUCAGGUGGGGAAAGCAAACAGUCCAUGUGUCACCAACAGCCGAAACGCUGCCCCGUUUGGGAAUGAGAACAGAGUCAUACAGCAGGACUUAAACCAAGCAAUUUGCACAAGACUGUAUAUUUCUCUCAAGGCAAGAACUGCUCUGGAGCUGUGAAUUCUCACAUGGGAACACAAAGCGAGUAGUUCUGUACCUGUGCCGGGUAGUUUGGUGUAAAAGAUCAGUGAGGCCGGACGCACUGAGGCGUCCUGUGUUCUUCCCUAACCACACCUCACUGUUAGCAAUGUCACGUAUCCAAGUGCGGCCGAUGAUUGUGAGACACAACAAGCACACGCCUCUGCCUGUGCUGCUUCCAGUGGGUGUCAGCAAGGAUCCACAGACAACACUCACGUUUGUGCAAUUCCAUUAUACAAACAGGCACUGCGCUGCAAUUAAGCUUUGAGUAAAGCCCAGGUACCACACACCACUCAGCACAUUCAGUGUCUCCAACAGCUGUCACGUGCGAUGUCACUGAAAACAGAACCAAAGGGGCAUUUGGAGGUCGGGCUUUGAUGGGGCUGAGCAAAAUGAGGAUAUCCUUCCCUUCCUCCCUCCCUCCUUCUCUCCCCCUGCGCUCACCCCCGGCCCAUCUCACCCUGCCCUGAGCCCCUCUGCCCUUCUCCAGUGCAGCGUCCCCAUUUUCAGCCUCAGCUCUUUGCCAAAACCCUCCUGCACCCCUCCUGCUGUCACCGCCCCCCCCCAGACACCCCUGUGCCACCGGGCACAGCAGGAAGGGGGCUCCGACACGCUGAAAAAAUACUUAGUGUUGCUGCUGUGUAGCAACAGCCUGCACAGAGACAAACCAAGGUCCUGUGCUGGGACAGAACCACAGGACUCAGACUUUUGCCGCAGCCAGGUCUGCAGCUGCUGAAGGCAGUUCCUGCAGACCCUUCUGACCCACGGCACCUCUAAGCACAGCUGCCUUUCAGCCUUUCACAGCAGCACAGCUCUCCUAAAGCUACAGCUGGGCAGGUGAGAUUUAAUAACUAAGAAAGUAACUACGAAGUACAAUUAAGAGGUUGAAAGACCUAAGUUCAUUCAAAUUAGACAAAGCAGAGCUUCCUCUUGCUCUUAAUGGUUUACCACUGCCGGGCGACACCUCGCUGCUCAUGGUUUCUAACAGACCAGCUGCAGAAGGCACUGCUAAUGCACACAAGCUGGAAAGCUGUCCCGUAACAGGAACCUCACUGCGGCAAAACAUGAGAGCUUGACACACAGCACAGCACCAGUCUGCAAUUCUCAACAGAUGAGUUCUUGGGCUACGUCCCUGUGGAGAUGAUGCAGAACUGCAAACGUAGCACAAGGCACAUGGAUGUAUUUUGGUCACUUUAUUAAAUGAGAUAUUAAAUAGUUUAAGAUUCAACUACUAAACAGCACUUUGAAUGGUGAAAACACAGAUACUUGAUUCAUACUUGAAUGCUUCUUGUCCUUUAAAAACACAUCUCCAGUCCUUAUAUAUAUUACAAAACAGCCUUAUAGGAAGAGGUGACACCUUUUCUAUAGUACUUAAGAUAUUUAAUACAGAACUGAAAAGCCAUCUAAUAGAAACAAAGGCAAGUCUUCACAGCUGUAUGAUUUCAGCAGCCAAAGCUGGUUGAUGGACUGAAACAUUACUAUACAACUGGGACAAAACAUAUACAAUAUCACAAUACUAAGCAAAAACGCUUUACAUCCAAAGGAAUAAACAGGUUACAAAAUGUGGAGAAUUUAGCAGGCAAAAUUGUAUUACAAGCAACAUUUUUAUUCGUCGUCUUAAGCCAUCUCAUCUAGUUAAAACAUCUAAAACAAAUAUAAAAAUGAGCUUUCUGUUAUCUUAUUGAUGUAUGUUCUGUCUUUAAAUAUUUGUUAAAGCUUGAUGUUAUACUCAAAGCACGUUGUUAUGCAGCUAAAAUGUCAAGUGAGAAACACGUAUGCAAAGUGGUCCAAGUUUUAUUUCAACGCUUAUCUGAGCUUUCUUCUUAUGCAUUAGUUCUUCUGCUAUCCAUAGUUUUGUCCAGAAUGAAAAAAAUGUGCCGUUAAAUGUUGCCUAAAACUUCCACAUUUAAGUCUUUUGAGUUACUGUAAAACUCCGUUGAACAUUCCCAGGUUUGGUAGAAGAUACUUCUCUUAUUCAAGACGCAUAGGAACAUCAGUGAGAGUUGCCCAGAGUACAUUUGCCUCCAAAUGUUUGUCUCAAAGUCUCACAUUCUCAUUUCUUCUAGUGUGAAUACACCUCUUUUUGCUCCCUUCCCCCCAGGUUAAACCUAACGGUAGAGCUGGCAAAGCUCCAGAACACAGGAGAGGUUCAUUUGUGGCAUCUCGUAACAAAGAGUCCACGAUGGCAACGUCAGCCUUUGCAACAGACCAGAGAAACUGUCCAGAUCCCAAACCAAGUUUUGAUCACAACAUGAAAUAUCACGUAAGAUUUGCAUAUUUAGAUGCAAAAAAAAAACAAAAAACAAACAAAACCAAAA